ACACCUUACAUUCUCUUUUCUCAUAUUCCUGUCUGUUCUGAUCCACCUUGAGCUCUCAUCGAGACACUGACCCUCCUCGAGACACCAAAGACGAAAAUGGCCAUAACCAGGAUCCCAAUAUUAGGACUUUUCAUCCCUCUCCUGAUCAGCCUACAGGAAUCAGGGGCUAUCAAAGAGGAUCAUGUGAUCAUCCAGGCUGAGUUCUAUCUGAAACCUGAGGAAUCAGGCGAGUUUAUGUUUGACUUUGAUGGUGAUGAGAUUUUCCACGUGGAUAUGGAGAAGAAGGAGACGGUGUGGCGGCUUCCAGAAUUUGGACGUUUUGCCAGCUUUGAGGCUCAGGGUGCCCUGGCCAAUAUGGCUGUGAACAAAGCCAACCUGGACAUCAUGAUGAAGCGCUCCAACUACACCCCAAACACCAAUGUUCCUCCAGAAGUGACUCUGCUCCCAGACAAGCCUGUGGAACUGGGAGAGCCCAACACACUCAUCUGCUUCAUUGACAAGUUCUCCCCACCUGUGAUCACUGUCACGUGGCUUCGAAAUGGCAGACCUGUCACUGAUGGAGUGUCAGAGACAGUCUUCCUGCCCAGGGAUGACCACCUUUUCCGCAAGUUCCACUAUCUCCCCUUCCUGCCCACAACUGAGGAUGUCUAUGACUGCAAGGUGGAGCACUGGGGCUUGGAUGGGCCUCUUCUCAAGCACUGGGAGUAUGAAGCUCCAGCCCCCCUCCCAGAGACCACAGAGAAUGCGGUGUGUGCCCUGGGCCUGAUUGUGGCUCUGGUGGGCAUCAUUGCAGGGACCAUCUUCAUCAUCAAGGGCGUACGCAAAGCCAACACUGUUGAACGCCAAGGGCCUCUGUGAGGCACCUACAGGUAAUGGACUUUGUUAGAGAGAAGAUCAAUGAAGAUAUUUCUGCCUUAAUAGCUUUACAAACCUGGCAAUUCUCCAAUUGUUCACCUCACUGAAGACAAGCAUGCUUCAGCACAUCCCAGUCCUUUACUGACCCUAAGAGUAAGAUGCCUUCCAUAGUCUCCAAAUUCUAAUGUCUAGUUAUUCCCUGUCUACUGCUCCUUCGUGUAUUGUUUUUCCCUCCAUUUUCCACUGUCUUAUUAUCACCAUGUAAUGCCUUUGGAAUAGACCCCAUAGGAUCCUUUUUUUCCUGCUAUGGAAUCUUUGGAAAGUUCUAUGGGGGCAUCUCUUAUAUACUUACUACUUGGAGUUUCUUCUAACUGUGAUUGUGAUUUUUCUGAAUACAGUAAACUUCAAGUGGGUCUCAGGUGAA